AUGCCUUUAUUGAAAUUAUUUGAAUUAAUCGAAAAUCUUCUUGGUUUUGGUGAACAUGGCCUUCAAAUUCAACAGAGAUCCGCUCAGUUAAAACGUAGAUUAUCAGAAGAGCCGGAUUACGUUAACAGAACCAUCGAACACUCUCCGAUUGUCCUAUCAGAUUCGUCAAAUAAUCUGAGUAAACAGAAUACACCAUCGAGAAAAACGUGUCGUCAAUCACUUCCAUCACCACACAAUAGUCGAAUUACAAAUAAUAUUCGCGGUCCAUCAUGGUGGUUAUCAUUAAGUUUUUUACUUAUUUCUACUGUGAUUGGUUUUCAAUCUGGUCUUGUUCUUCUUUGUAAUGUGAAACGAUGUAUUACAGAUGAGUUACCUUCUCAACAUGAAUCAAGUAAUAUGCUAAUCACUAGCAACAAUCGAACAAACGCAAUCGCACCUGUUAAUUUACCACGUGUAUCACAGAAAAAACAAUUGAUUCUUAUUGCUGUUAUGACUAGUAAAGAUUUUCUAACGACACGUGCGCCAACAGUUAUGCGUACGUGGGCAGACAAAGUUCCUGGCCAAGUCAUAUUCUUCUCUAGCGAAGGUUCAACGACUAAUGAUUCACGUAUUAAUCUGGUCAGUUUACCAUCUGUAACUGAUACUUAUCCUCCACAGAAGAAAUCAUUUCUUAUGAUGAAAUACAUUUAUGAUCAUUAUUUAAAUAAAUUUGAAUGGUUUAUGCGUGUGGACGACGACGUUUACAUCAGAACAGAUAAUCUCGAGAAACUAUUGCGGUCAAUUGAUAAUCGCAGACCUUAUUAUAUUGGUCAACCAGGAAUGGGAACAAAAGAAGAAUAUGGUCGAUUGGCUUUGGGUGAAAACGAAAAUUUUUGCAUGGGUGGACCUGGUAUAAUUAUAUCACGUGAAACAUUAGCUCGUUUUACUCCACAUAUAAAAAAAUGCUUGCAAAACUUCUAUACAUAUCACGAAGAUGUUGAACUUGGCCGAUGUGUUCAUAAAUAUGCCAAUGCAUCAUGUACAUGGUCAUAUGAAAUGCAACAUAUUUUAUACAAUCAUCCGAAUAAAACGGACGGAUAUCGUGCAGCAAACCUUGUCUCUACUGAUAUUCUUCGUGCUGUUAGUCUACAUUCGAUAAAAGACAUUCGUGUAUUUACACGUGUACAUAAUUUUGCUUUACAACGACGGAUUAUGGAACUCGAGCAACGAAAUAUGUUGUUGCGGCGUCAAGUAUAUAUAUAUGAUCAAAUACUUGACAUCAACAAUCAAAUUAAACUUCACAUAAAAAAUCUUUCGAAAUUGAUACAAAAAACAAAGAAUGAGCAAGUCAAAAUUAGAUUGAAACAACAGUAUAAAAUAUUAAAUAAACCCGAUCAACAUAUUGCUGAACAAAUCAUGUCAUUAUAUAAUAAUACAUAUCGAUUAUUUGUUGAUGAUACUACUGAGCCACAAGAAUAUCACUUUUGGAAAGUUUUACAAAAAUAUUUCAACCAAUCGCUUAACUCUUCAUCUUCACUAUUGAUAUCAAAUGAUUUAAUGUUUCGUUCGUUAUUUGAGCCUUCGCUUGCCAUUAAGACUUAUCAGACAAACCAUCAUCAAUAUUCAAAACGAACGAAGACAUUAAAUAAUUAUCACAAUAAAUUUUCUCGUCAGAAAGAUGCCAGUGUGUAUGAAAUCAAUGAAUCCAAUGUCUACACAUUAUUUACUGCUAGCCAGUAUUCAGCAAACACAGAACUGCCAGUACGAUCGGUUGAACCAGCAUAUAAGCAAUGUUUCGAUGAAGUAGUUCGUACAUAUAUGGAAGAAGUCAAUAAAAUCUCCAGAACGAUGGGUCGAUUCUUAGAAUAUAAAAAAACUCUAUAUGGCUAUUAUAAAUAUACGCCAAGAUAUGGAAUGAAUUACAUUCUAGACUUAUUUCUUAUUUAUCGGAAGUAUUCUGGAAGAAAAAUGUCGCUUCCUGUACGAAAACGUGUGUAUGUCGUGCAAAAAUUUCGUCCUCUCUACUUUCGCGAAUUAUCUUCGUCCUAUUCAAGUGCAAUAUUACUUUCCUCGGGAGCUGGUUUUCCUAAUCUUGCUGAUAAAGCUUCACCGGUGAAUGUUAAGAAAAAUGUGACUUCGACUCCUUCCGUUCCCAUACAUAUGAUUGUCCCCGUUAGUGGUCGUCUUACUACACUCAAACGGCUAUUGACUAAUUUUGAUCAUAUUGUCAUGCGUUCGAAUGAAUCUGACCUUCUGAAUAUAUAUCUUUACAUCGUUUUAAUGGAAACAGCUGAAGAAAGCGGUGAACGAAUGUCGACAAUAGUUGAUUAUGUGAAGAAAUUUAUUGAUAAUCAUCAUACAUCACGUAUACAUCUAAUCGAAGUUGAAAAGGGAAAUUUUACUCGAGGCUAUGCACGCUCAUAUGGCGCUUCUCGUUUUAAUGAUACAGAUUUAUUAUUUUUUAUUGAUCUCGAUAUGGUCUUCACUCGCGAGCUAUUCCCACGUAUACGUCAUCAUACUAUUUGUCAUAAACAAGUCUAUUUUCCAAUCAUAUUUAGUCAAUACGAUCCACAUUAUUGGGAAACAACGUCAACUCAAAUAAAUUUCUCAUCAUUUCAUUUACGUGAUGAUAUUGGAUACUGGCGUCAAUAUGGUUUUGGUAUGUUGGGAAUUUAUAAAUCAGAUUUAGGAUCGAUUGGCAAUUGGAAUGUGGAGAUAAAUGGAUGGGGAAAAGAAGAUGUAGAAAUUUAUGAUAAAUUAGUUAAAUCUGCAACUUUAAAUGUCUUUCGGACAAUUGAUACAAGUUUGAUGCAUGUGUUUCAUACAAAAGAAUGUUCACCAACGUUACAAGAUGACCAAAUGAAAAUGUGUAAAGGAACUAAAUCAAUUACGUUAGGAUCACAGCGUACAUUAGUGAAACAUGUUCUAAAAACGAUUCAGCUCAAUAAAAUCUGA